ACAUGGCAGCACGGGCAGCAGGAAGUCAGCCCUCGCCCGAAAGCUCAGUCGCGGCUCAGUCCAGGACUCCUCUCAUGCCUCCAUUGACGCCCACGGCCACUCCAAUAACCCAGUCAAGCCGUGGAUAAGUGUGGAACGCUCACCAUUCAUUAGUGGCUUGUCAUGGAAUAAUGAGAAAAGUGCGAAGGUGGAAGCGGGAAGAUGGAAUGGCGGGAAAACAGAAGAUAAAAAACAACACCUGGCAUCUCAGCUUACCUGUGGGAGGGUGAAUGCUGCCAGGGAUGCAGCAGUGUCUUGCCGGCCGCAGGGGGGGAUGGUGUGUGUGGCUCCGCUCCGCUCCCUCCCUGCCCUCAGCCACCUACCGGCGAUCCAAGUUCAUAACAGAAAGAUCAAAUUUGGGUUCAGAGAUAAAGAUGAACUACAAGACACGCCAAGAAACAAUAUAAAUCUCCAUUGUGAUAACUGACACCACAACCCUAGCGCCACGUCUCAUGCCAGGACAGCAGUGCGAGCGGACCAUGUAGAAAAGAGAGAAUAACAGGGCGGGAUGAAGGAGUGUGAGAGGAAGGAAAGGGACUUGUGAAGUGCACAAGAGGAAGGAAGGUGAGAAAACACUGUCACGAAGCGACACGAGAAAGAAAUUCGCCGAACCCUCCUCCACCAUUGAUACUUGUUCCAUGGGGUUUGGUGUUGACAGGUGAAGAUCCGGCACCAUGACGAUGUCCAGUUACGAUAUUCGGAAUGACGACAGCGCCCACACCGCCGAGAAGGUGGCCAAGCUUGUGGUGGAGAUCAAUUCACAAGUGGCGUUGUUUCGUGACCUGCUCAUCUGUGUCGGGCAGAGCAGGGACGGACCUGAACUAAGAGAGAGGAUAAGGAAAGUGAGGCGGCAGUGCGUGGAUACCUGCAAGCACGCCUCGAGCCUCCUUCUGCCCUCCAUCAAGAAUGACGUGGCUGAGGGCAUUCCCGUCGACAACCAGAACUUCGUACAUCUCUUCUCCUGCACGCAGCUUAUGUCAAGAGAACUGAGGAAGUGCAAACGCCUCGUCCAGACCAUGCCUGUUGACAUGACGGAGUACUACGAGAACAAGCCAGGACCCUCGGGAAUGGGAGGGCUCGGUAUCAUCUCCCAGCUGCUCCUGUGCAAGACGCUACAGCCAGACUUCCAGCAAGAGGAGAUUUGUAGUAUUGAGAAGGAUAGCGACGAGAUUAUGGCCAUUCUGAAGGAGAUGCAGGAGUAUAUGCCCCAGGAGGAGACAGGGACGCGGAACCUGGCGCUCACCGGGGAGGACAUGUUCAGCAUCUGGAGCAAAAAGAGAACCCGCCGAUCCUUGUAUAGCAACAUGAGUUCUUUGUGUUGUACGUGUAAACCCGCCUACUUGUAAUGUCCCAGAGUCUAGUUCUCCCAUCACUCCGCCGCUACCACUUCCACUACCAUCACCAACACCUGCACCAUCACCACGACGCUAAAACCUAUCCCUUACACCUCCUAAUGUCACCCACACGUCCACUACCACACUCGCCUUCCCCCACACCUCCACCUACCACAACAUUCACAUCUACAACAACUUCCGACAUUACCACCGCUACUUCUACCACAACCAAAUUGACAUCACUUUUAGCCUUACUUCUACCGGCGAUAUCAAUAACAGCAUCAAAAUCUUCACUAGCAACCCUACACCACAUCAUCAUAAUCAAUACACCUAUCAUUUGUACAACAUGCCUAGUACACCACGAGAAUCAAAGAAUAUUUAAGGUCACAGUAACAGACUCUUCUUCCGCCACACAAAAAAAAUUACCCUCUGCUGUAAGACCAAGUAGUGCUUCAGUCUGUUCGAACCCACAUUGAGACCACUCGACUCCUACCUUUCAACUAUCCUCUUGGUAAAUGUUUCCUUUAUCGUUCAAUUUUCCAUCCUCGUUAUACUUUCAAUGUCAGUCUUGUAAUUGUGACCUGAAGAAUGAGUGUCAAUAUUACAAUGCAUUAUGUAGCUCGAAAAAGAGAGAAAAGAGGAGUAAGGAGCAGUGGACCAUCGACCCUUGCAAGGCUGUGAUAAGGUACGAGUAACCUGCGUAAUCUGAGGCACGAGACAUGGCGUAGUAAAUACUAAGGAUUCUGACACUCUUAACCGCUUCAGUAUUAGGACGUAUUUUUACUAUGAAUUUUGGGUGUCAUUAGAAGAUUAUGUUUACACUAGGAAAGUUUUAUGGAUGUCAGAAGGUUAAUGAUCCAGAGUCUUCACUGUUUUAAUCACCACAUGCGUUUCUGAAGCUCUAUAAAAUCAUCAAAUACUAAGCGGAAGGAAUAUGAAGACGCGUCACGGUACUGAACAGGUUAAGAAAAAGAAAUUGUUAAUAAUCACGCCUCAGACAGGAUCUAAUUACAAAUGCUCUUCAAAACACCAAUAUUAGACACCCCAGCUAUUACUUUCAUUACCAGUAACUUAAAACCCACUAGACACCACCACAACACAACUACCACAAGCAGAAACCUGAGCACUACAACAACUCCUAUGCCCUCCCCACUACACCCAACCCACGCCCAUCACCCCCCCCCCUCCAUGACCACACUGCACUGGAUCAUCACCACAUCACCAUCAACAAACCAAGUAGUAUCUUCAAACCCCACAUGUCAAGAGUACAACAUCAAAUCUUACUUGCAACCCUGUGAAGACCAGCAGAAGAGGACCAUCAUCACCGCAGCCACACCCACAGUUACCACCACGAGCAGCCAGCAAGAUACCAAGACGACCAGCAGCCUCAAUAAACCAAAGGAUCUCACUCAAGCGCUCUUACUUGAAACAAAAGUGAUCUUCCCGUGAAUUCUUGCUUGCAUUCUCUUCUGAAGUGUGAAAUCUCCUGGAACAACAUUCAUUUUCAUUCUCUCUCUCUCUCUCUCUCUCUCUCUCUCUCUCUCUCUCUCUCUCUCUCGCCUCAAUUUCUUCCGAUCUCUUCAAUUACUCCUCCGUUGUCUCUAUUCUCUAGCUUUAAUGAUAUGUAUUCUUUCACUCGAUCUCUAGUCUUCCUCAAAAAGUAAUCAAUUAUUUCCAAACUCCAUUCUUUACAUUUUCUUCACGCUUAAGAAUAUUUUGUUAAGUUUUCUAUAUGUAUCAGUUUUUUUUUUUUUUUUGUUGUACUAAUUCUCUCUCUCUCUCUCUCUCUCUCUCUCUCUCUCUCUCUCUCUCUCUCUCUCUCUCUCUCUCUCUCUGGAAGUCUAAAAAUACUCCUUCUCCAUAAGUAUACUUCGGGGAAUUCCUUGGUGAUAUUUUUAAAGUCUCUCUCCCCUCCACUUUUCCCUGUCAGAGGAUAUUUGUUUACGUGGUAACUCCCAUCACAACCACAACGGCUAAUAUGCUUAUAUCUUCCUUUGAUUUCCAUUCUAUUUUCCACUGCCAAUUUGAGAAGAAAACUGAACCUUGUAUCCCUCACAAAACCUGACCCUUGUAUCCCGCACACAGCAAACCACUCCUCCUCCUCCUCCUCCUCCUCCUCCUCCUCCUCCUCCUCCUCAUCCUUUUCCUCAAUCUUUCACCUUCUUCUCCUUCUCCUUACGAAGGCAGAGCACGUGUUGCCGUGUUGGUCCUUUCCGUGGUGUCUGCUGCCUUGGCUAGGACGUGGCAACAUUGCAAGUGGGGGCACGUCACUCUGCAGCUGAAAGGCGGACGUGUCAGGUCACAUUAGGUUAAAAAAAAUAAAAUGAAAAAGAAAUAUUGCGUUCCAGUGAAGAAAUUUUCCCACGCCAAUGUUUCCAUGACCACGUGAUAAAAUUGUGAGUUGAAAGGAAGGGAAGCUGCAGUGUUGUCCGCGUGGUGCUGCUGUGCUGUAGUGCAAGUCUUAAAACAUAUAUACUCGUACAUUGCUAGUUUCAAUUUCUGUCGUGAAGCUUUCGUGUUCGUCCUCGUCACUGUCGGUCAGUUUAAUGCGUCAAUACUCUCCCAAAAAAAUAAAGAUAUAAAAAGACAAAACACACACACACACACACACACACACACACACACACACACACACACACACACACACACACACACACACACACACACACACACACACACACACAUAUUCCCUAUAAUAUUAGCGUUUUCUAUAUUUAUUUUCGCAGCUGACUCUCUUCCUGCAGGCGCGAAAAGAUUAAACUGAGCCAUUUUUCCGGUAAAGCGUUUCCUUGCCUGACCGUCAGCAGCAAUACUGGAAAAAUAUUAUUGUCCUUCGCCCUAUACAAAGAGAGUGAGUGGUGGUGGUGACUGUUGCUUCUUCUAUGCCUUUUACUUUACUUAGUUCCCUCCUCCUCUUACUCAUAUUCUUCUUCCUUCUCCUCCUCCUCCUCUUACUCAUAUUCUUCUUCCUUCUCCUCCUCCUCCUCCUCUUCUUCUUCCUUGUCGUAUUCUAUUAUCGGCGCUUCUUUAAUCUCAACGGACCAACACUGCUUCACUAUCCUCUUCCUCUUCCUCCUCCUUUUCCUCCUCCUCCUCCUCCUCCUCCUCCUCCUCCUCCUCCUGCUUGUUCACCUGGAUGACCGUACAACCUAAGAGGAAGUUUACAGAGUACAGUAUAAAACCAAAAUAGAAAUAGAGUAGUAGUGUCCGUUAUAUAGUGUAUACGUAGCGCCGUGUGUCCGUUCCGUGCGUGUACGUGUCGCCGUUGUCCGUGAUGUUGGUUCGUGUUGUGUACGUGUAUGCAUAGAAAAAUACGAUAUGCCAAGUCUCUUCAGGUCGUUAUUAAUCAUUUUCAUUCACGCGCUAACUUAAGUCUGUUCUCUGUGAAGGCUAAGUAAGGAUAAUCUUGUGCGGUCAUCCAUGCAGCUCACCGCCUCCUGCAUUCCCCUUCUGCCCCAUCCAGUCCUUGUCCUCCAGCGGGUUACUCAGUUCACAUCAAGAUUGGCCACCAUCAGGUACACUUUGGAUGGGAUAAGUUACAUCAAAUGGCACCAAGGUCUGCUAUCCCAAGCUUCAUGUAUGGUGGGUUAGUUACGUUAGGUUUGGUCAUGCACAAUCGUGGUUUGAAGUCCAGUAAUUUCUACCACAAUUUACCACAAUGUUUUUUGAGUUUGCACUAACUUUCCUGCAGCGUGACUUUUUUUUUUCGUUUAUUAGAAAGACUUAAUUUGUGUUGAAAUCUACUUAAUUGUCUGAAUAUUCCUUUUAAUAUUCUUUCUCUCUCUCUCUCUCUCUCUCUCUCUCUCUCUCUCUCUCUCUCUCUCUCUCUCUCUCUCUCUCUCUCUCU